AUGCCGAACUGUCCCAGCUGCAAUAAACCUGUGUACUUUGCUGAACGAGUGAGCUCUCUCGGUAAAGAUUGGCAUCGACCAUGUUUGAAAUGUCAUAACGAGAAAUGCGGAAAGACCUUGGCUCCUGGAUCACAUUCGGAGAAUGACGGGAAACCCUACUGCAAUCGAUGCUACGGAGCUUUGUUUGGGCCUAAAGGAUACGGUCACGGAGGCACUGAAUCACACACUUUCCUCGGUGGAUCCACUGGAAAA